AGCUUGCUUGCUUGCUACAACUCUGGUUUCGGUUUCCUCUUCAUCUCCGCUCUCUCACACUCAAACCCUAGCCACCGCCAAAAAUGCCGCCGAAGUUCGAUCCCACCCAGGUCGUCGACGUGUUCGUCCGUGUAACCGGAGGAGAAGUCGGUGCUGCCAGUUCCCUCGCCCCUAAGAUCGGUCCCCUCGGUCUAUCUCCCAAGAAGAUCGGUGAAGACAUUGCCAAGGAAACCGCCAAGGAUUGGAAGGGCCUUCGCGUCACUGUCAAGCUCACCGUCCAAAACCGUCAGGCUAAGGUAACCGUUGUGCCCUCCGCCGCCGCUUUAGUCAUCAAGGCACUCAAGGAGCCGGAGCGCGACCGUAAGAAGACUAAGAACAUCAAGCACAAUGGCAAUAUCUCGCUUGAUGAUGUAAUCGAGAUUGCUAAGGUAAUGAGACCUCGCUCGAUGGCUAAGGAUUUGGCGGGCACCGUUAAGGAGAUUCUCGGUACGUGUGUUUCCGUUGGCUGCACCGUUGAUGGCAAGGAUCCAAAGGACUUGCAGCAGGAGAUCACCGAUGGAGAUGUGGAAAUUCCCCAAGAUUGAGAUGAAGGUUAAGUUUGGAGUUUUGUUUCCAAUUUCAUAUAAUUAUCAUCUUUUACUGUGUUUUAUUACGAAUGGAUUUGAGGGAACUGUUAGAGGAUUUUUUGGCCCAAGUUGGGAACAUUAAGAUGAAAUGUCUUGUUAAUGAUAUCAGUACUGUUACAUUAUAUUGAGGUUGAAGAUGCUUAAUUUUUUCCGGAAAAUUUUAUAG